AUGUUUUUCAACAAGUCUACCAUUGCUCUGGCCUGCAUCGCCUUGGCCAACCUUGUCUCUGCUGGUCAGACUCCUGCGUGUCUGCUGUCGGUUGUUGGUCACUCGGAAAACCCCGCUGACCUGAAGACUCUCUGUGGAUCCGGUUCCUCGGAUGUCAUGUCAGACAUUGCCGACAAGUGCGGCAACAACCGUGAGGCAGCUCUCAAGGUCUACGCCAGCACUUGCAAGGCUGCCGGCUACACCGUUGAUACCAGUGUCACCUCCACUGCCAGCUCUUCCUCCGGGUUUGUCACAGCCACCGCUACUGCUUCUGGCUCUGCCAGCGGCACUGCCGGUAUUGUCGCGUCCAGCACCGCUACUGGCGCCGCUGGCUCCGGCUCUGGCUCCUCUACUGGCUCCGGUUCUAGCACUGGUGCAUCUGGCACUGCCUCUUCCGACCCCCCUGUGGGCACCCUCAACGCGGCCGCUGGUCUCCAGUUCCAGGGCUCGGCCAUUGCUGCUGCUGUCUUCGUAGGUGUCGCUGCCUUGUUCUAA